UUGGUUCAUCCUGCGGAGCGGGCGUAUGAGCGGGGACCCGGAUGUCUUGGAGUAUUAUAAGAACGAUCAUUCGAAGAAACCCAUCCGGGUUAUUAACCUGAGCUGCUGCGAGCAGGUGGACGCCGGGCUGACCUUCAACAAGAAGGAGCUGCAGGACAGCUAUGUGUUCGACAUCAAGACGAGCGACCGGACGUUCUAUCUGGUGGCGGAAACCGAGGAAGAAAUGAACAAGUGGGUGCGGAGCAUCUGUCAGAUCUGCGGCUUUAACCAGUCCGAGGAGAGCGCAGACUCCCUACGAAACAUUCAGUCCAUCAACCACGGCCCCAGGUCGUCACCGGCCGAGUUCAGCAGCUCCAGCCACUUCCUGCUCCGGGAGAGAAAGUCCUCGGCCCCUUCUCACUCCAGCCAGCCCACCCUGUUCACGUUCGAGCCGCAGUCCAACCACAUGCACCAGACCACUCUAUCUACCAGCGCGCCCCAGGACUAUCUCUUCCUGCACCAAUGCAUGAGCCGCAAAAGCGAAACCAUGAGAAGUGCCAGUUUUUCGCAAGCCACGAGGUCCUCCUUCUUCAUGCGCAGCGAUACAGCUGUUCAGAAGUUGGCCCAGGGCUACGGACACUGUUUGAACGGGGUCAGCGGCCAAGUUCACGGCUUCUACAGUUUGCCGAAGCCCAGCAGACAUAACUCGGAGCUACGGGACAGUGCCUACGAUCUGCCGAGGAGCUUCGGUUCAGAUACCCCAACCAAGUCGAGCCUUACCGGACUGGAAUCGGAGAACGAAGAUGUUUACAGUUACAAAACUCCCAGCAACGCCCUGUGCAAAGAGUUUAGCGAACUCUCCACGGAUCCCUACGAUCCCGGGACCCCUCUAUCCGUGUACCAGAUCCCGAGAACGUUCACCCUGGACAAGAACCACAAUGCUUUGGGUGUCGGGUCCGGUGACUUCCAUUCCGCUCCGCCGCCGCCCCGGCCUCCUAAACCCGGGCAGGCGGACACUCGGUGGGGCAGCCCCCAGCAGCAGAACGGGGACAGCGCGGAUGUGGUGCCCGUACACAUUCCGCGAAGGAACACUUUGCCGGCGAUGGAGAACAGACGUCAUCGAGCCUCUUCUUGUGAAGCUUACGACUAUCCCCAUGGCGACUUCGGCAUCGAACAAUCUAUGGAGUCCGUCAACGAUGGUUUCAAUUCUUACCUGCAAACCAAAUCUUCCAUGGCUCGCUCGGAGAGUGCAGACUCCGAAGAUAAUUAUGUUCCAAUGAACCCCGGAUCCUCCUCUCAGUUUAACGCCGAGAAGCAGAACGACAACUCCCAAAAUGCUUAUAUCCCCAUGAGCCCCGGGCCCCACCACUUCGACCUGCUUGGGUUUUCUUCCGCCACGCUUCCCGCCCGCAAAGGGAGUACGGCGUCGCUGGGUACGAGGCCGGCGCGGGUGAGCGAGAUUCAGCCCCCGCCGGUGAACAGGAACCUGAAACCGGACAGAAAGGCAAAGCCAACGCCGCUGGAUCUGAGAGCCACGGCAAUAAUUGACGAACUCCCCUUUAAAUCCCCGGUCACUAAAUCGUGGUCCAGACAGACACCGUCUUUGAGGAGCAGCUCGUCUCAGUACUGCCGCCCGGUGUCCACACAGAGUAUUACCAGCACCAGUUCGGGGGACAGUGAAGAAAAUUAUGUUGCCAUGCAAAAUCCAGUAUCGGCAUCGCCAGGGACUAGCGGAACAAACAGCCCGGCUCAGAAAAAAAGCACCGGCAGCGUGGAUUACCUAGCACUGGACUUCCAGCCGGUCUCACCGAGUCCUCACAGGAAGCCCUCCACGUCUUCCGUGGCCUCGGAUGAGAAGGUGGAUUAUGUUCAGGUGGACAAGGAGAAGACCCAAGCCUUGCAGAAUACAAUGCAAGAGUGGACCGAUGUGCGCCAGUCCUCUGAGCCCACCAAGAGCGCAAAACCUUAACGCAUGGUGACUCCUGGAAGACGGGACGGGCGAUGGACCAUACCAACUUAGUGCCUC